AUGGACGGCUCCGCUCCGGAACAAGUCAACCCGGCCGGCCCGCCUCCGGGAAAAUAUCUUGGCGAUCUGGCUGUGGUCGACAUAGCUCCUGAGGGUGACCUUGUCCUUCGUGUAACCUUCAACACGUCGAAAGAAACACUCACGGCAGCCAAAAAGUCAAAGGAGCCACCAACGGCUCUCAAGCCCACAGUGAAGCAAGGCUACAGGGUGCAAACAUCUGUUCUAAAAGCCAAUUCAGGGUACUUCAACCGUUUGCUUGGGGACACACGGUUUGUGGAAGCCAAGGCAGUUGAAAAUGCCCUCCAAAAGCUGUCCCUAUCAAACGUAAAACCCUCCGAAGCAGACCUUUCCGAGCUGCCAAUCGUCGAAAUCAAUGAAGAUGACGAAGCCUCCCGUACCGCCAACCUCAGCUUGGCCUUCGGUGACCUGAUGAGGAUCCUUCAUCGAGUCCCCAUCACCACCAAGCCCCUCGCCGUCCGCUACCUGGCCAUCAUUGCCGUCCUAGCAGAUCGCUUCGACUGCACCCCCUUAGUAUCCAAAUGGCUAGCCGCAAUCAAGUUCAAAUUCCCCCCCAUCACCACCCAAAACCAAAACCGAACCGGCCCAGCCCUCUCCAAGUCCUUCGAAGAACUCCUCCGCCAAAAGAUCCUCGUCUCCUGGCUUCUCGACCGCCCAUUAGUCUUCCAACCCUCCACCCGCGAGCUAGUCAUGUACGGCUCAAGACGAUGGUGCACCCUCUUCGACGAAGAAGACGAAAAGUCCGAACACGUCUACACAGCAGCAUGGUGGGAUCUCCCCUCCGGUCUCGAACAAGAACUCCAGCUCCGCCGGGACUGCAUCCUCAACACCGUCUCCUCCGUCCCAUCACACUUCCUCUCCCUCUACAUCUCCCCCUCCCAGUCUCGCCCCCAGUGCAAGCUAGGCUACACCUCCUCUCCCAGCUGCGACUCUUUCCAAUUAGGGGUAGCUAUCAAAUUUCUCACCAACCGCAACCUCCUCUCCUUUGUCGAUUUUCUCCCCAAAGACGUACGAUACGUCUUGCACAUAAUCAAGACUCUUAAGCAAUGCCCGGCGUAUCAAAUCGAUAACAACCACAGGCAUUGCGAUCUGAGGGGUAGGAUGGGCAGGAUAUUGGAGUUUGUCGAGGCCAGGCUGGGAGGUGGCGGGGUGGGUAUCAAUCGGGUAGAGUGGGCGAAGGAUAGAGUGGAAGCUUCCUGGGAAAGGAGGCACGGGGCGGAAGAUGGGGAGGAAAGGGUCUUGAAAUAUACCAGCUCGAUGAGCUCUGAUCAGAGGCUAAGAUACGGGGGUGCAUUUGCGGCAGAGAAGUUAGCAAGAGAGGUAUUCACAGCCGAUGAGUGGGAUUGGACAGCCGGAGAAAAUGAAGGGGAGACAGAAGGAAUCAGCUUCGGAAAAUGGAAGCUUGGGGAGAAGUCUUUUCCCAAAUGA